GUCACUCGGGCAGCGGGCAACGGCGGUGCGGCAAGAUUUUCAAAGAUGGUGGACUACAGCAAGUGGAAAACAAUCGAGGUGUCGGACGAUGAGGACGACACGCACCCCAACAUCGACACGCCGAGCCUGUUCCGGUGGCGGCACCAGGCGCGCAUCGAACGGAUGAACGAGUUGAAGAAAGAGCACCAGUCGUACGAGGCAAAGAAGACCAGGAAUGACAAGCUGCUACUGGAGGCCCGUAAGCGAUGCGAGGGCAAGACAGGCAAGGCAUUGGAGGAGGCGAAACGUGAUGUGGCCAAGCUAGAGAGGAAACAGAAGGAGUUGCUGAAGGAGAAGGAAGCGCUGGACAAGAAAGAGAAGAUGAUGCCUUGGAAUGUCGAUACCAUCAGCAAGGAAGGAUUUCAAAAGACAAUCUUAAACAAGCCACAGCCAAAGGAACUCGUACUGACUGAAGAAGAGAAAGAACAGACCCAGAAAAAGUUUGUGGAGGAGAACGAGCCCCUGCUGAAGCAGUACGGCAUGCUGCAGAAGUACGAUGACAGCAAGCGCUUCCUCCUGGAGCACCCUCAUCUGGCGUGCGAGUACACGGCCAACUACUUGGUUCUCUGGUGCAUACGGCUCGAGAUGGACGAGAAACACGACCUUAUGUGCCACGUCGCCCACCAGUGUAUCUGCAUCCAGUACGUCCUGGAGCUGGGCAAGCAGCUCGAGGUGGACCCACGAUCCUGCAUUUCUUCGUUUUUCACGCGCAUUCAGAUGGCUGACCAGGUGUACAAGGACGCAUUCGAGGACGAGCUGAAGGGAUUCAAAGAACGGGUCCAGCUGAGGGCACGCGAGAAGCUGGAAGAAGCAGUCAAGGAGAUCGAAGAAGAAGAACGGCAGGAGAGGCUAGGACCUGGCGGCCUGGACCCAGUCGAGGUGUUCGAGUCUCUACCAGAGUCGCUGCAGAAGUGCUUCGAGUCUCGCGACCUGGACAUGUUGAAGGAGGUCAUCGCCACCAUGCCCGAGGAAGAGGCCAGGUACCACAUGAAACGCUGUGUCGACUCUGGCCUCUGGGUGCCCGACGCCAAGAACGCGGAGGUGGCUCCGCAGGAAGCGCAAGAAGCGUCUUCCGAGGCGUCGGGCGCCGAGUGAACGAAAGAGCGACGGUCACAGCUACGACGGCCUGCGUCGAACGGGAUAAACAAGCAAAGAAGUGCAAGGAAAGAGAAAAAAGAAAAAUUCACAUGCCUGGGGGCAUUCUUGCGCCGUGUCCGACGAAAUACCUUCAAUAACAAGGACACAGAUUUGCAGUUCGUUUAUGUGCUUUAGUAUUUCUUUUUUCGUUGCGCUUUUGCAGUGUACAUAGCGGAGAGCAGUUACUCUUAUUUUUCUUCUCUGCACUUUCCUAGUAGAAACGUCGUUUUAACCCUUAGGUGAUUCCGCAUAUGGAAAAAAAAAUAAGCUAACAGAAAGACCACACUUGAGUGGUAGUAGCCAUGAGAAGUUGGAGACACACUGUUCAUUUUCGCACGCAAAAGAAUCUUGCUGGAAACACGUAUGCACUUCCACGCCGAACUGUUUCUUGUGCUUCCUAGUGGGUGGUCCACAAAUGCAAAUCGCCACUGCAAGUUAAAACGAGAAUCGAAACUGUCGAGCGUUGUAAAUGUUUUAUGUAAAAAAAUUUUUUGUGCUGAAAUAAAAGAGUUGCAUCACAAACAUCUUCUGCUGUUUGCCUUG